AUGUCCUCACUCAACGAGAUUCGGGGCCGAUUGGCUCUCAUCACCGGCGCAUCGGGAGGAAUCGGAGCAGCUUGCGCAGGACAGCUGGCAGAGCGUGGCGUCAAUCUCGCCCUUACUUACGCGACCAACCUAGACGCGAUGAACAAGAUCGUCGCAGAUUUACAGUCCAAAUAUGCGGAGCACAAGCUGCGCAUUUCAAUCCAUCGGGUCGAUGUUGGAUCUGCUGAUCAGAUGGAGGCGAUGUUUAAACAGAUUGAUGCCGAACACGGCCAGCGACCUGAUAUCUUGGUCUCAAAUGCGGGGUACGGCAAGCGAUUCCCCAACGUCUGGGACAUUACGCUGGAAGAGUUCGAUUACACGAUGAACAUCAACCUGCGCGCGUCUUUUAUCCUUGUAAAGGGUGUCGUUGAACAUAUGAAGAGUCAGAGAUGGGGACGAAUUGUGUUCAUGUCUUCCAUCGCCGCGUCUGGGGGUGGCAUUAAUGGAUGUCAUUAUGCUGCUUCCAAGGGCGGUCUUACCGGCAUGAUGAAGAACCUUUCUACUCGCCUCGCGGAACACAAUAUCAGUGUCAAUGAUGUCGCCCCUGCUAUGAUUGGCGAGACUGGCAUGAUCCCUAAUGCUGCUGCGAUCCCUGAGGUGGCUGCUGGCAUUCCGAUAGGUCGCUUGGGUACUGUGGAAGAGACGGCUAAUGUUGUUACGAUGCUCGUGACCACGGGAUACAUGACAGGCCAAAGCCUUCUACUAGCCGGAGGAUUGAAAUAA